AUGGCGACUGGAAGCCAGUUCCUGGUCCUCGCUUUGGUCAAAGUCUGGGCAACUGUGCCGCUCCCGAGGCGUCCAUCAUCAUCAUCAUCACGCCAGCCAUCUUUGACGACCAUUGCGGGGCUCCUACCGAAAGCUGUGCCGCUCUGUUGCCAGGGAAGUCCUUUGCCCGGAGACCUUGCUCUACUGUGUAGAGAAGGAUGGGCACCCAUGGCAUCGGCUUGCCAACUGGCUUACUUUCCAGAAGGUCUGACGCACCUGACCAUUGGGAAUUCCCUCAAUACCAAAGUUCCCCAGACUCAAUUGCCUACCUCUAUUCCCUGUUCUGCACGUCGUGGGCUGUGGUUCGGCAACGGCGGGCAGUGCGGGGAGCUGGGAAAAGAAAUAUUGACUGCGCAAGUGCCCGAAGAUGAGCACGGCGCAGAUGAAGCCACUGGCCCCGCGUCCGCAACUCCUCGUCAACCGUCAACACAAAAUGGCGGGGCAGGCGACAACAAUGCGAAAAACCAACACAUCAGACUUCAGUCUAGGGCGGCUGGUCCUAGCUGGGGCGAGUCAGGGGUACCCCGCGGGAAACAUUGGGCCACUUGGACGAUCACUGGAUCGUCCUCUGGCAAUGGCGGCACUUGGGGAACUUGUGCCGAGCUUUGGUUAUCAACCUACGAGCACGCCAGCUACACGGGCAACGAGCUACUUCACACGUCUUGGCUGCCAAUUGGGCACAGUCGGGCAAUGGCUCAGCCCGCUCUAUUUAACCCGACGAUCGUUUUUUUGGAGUAUUUCGAAGGGCAUGCAUCUUCCAAGCAAGGCUAG